UCCCUAUAGUGGUCCUAUGUUGUCUUGUCUUCUCCACAAGAAACUAUGUUACAUGCCAAUUCUCAACAAAUAACUACCAAAACAAAUGGUGAAGAAUGGCAAACGGUGGUAUUCUCAAGGAGAAAGAAAAUUUCUCAGAAAACAAGGGCUGAGCAAAUCGGUGAAUCACCUGCCACGGGUAUUAAUGUCAGGAUUUUUGAUGCAUCAACAGAUGAUUUUGGCUUCUUGGAGAUGAUAGAAGUGCCAGCAGAAGGCCAGUCAGGUGGCAUGGUAGUUAUGUGGAAUCAUGAAGUGGUCACUGUCCAGAACUUCAUCCGUAGGAACCAAGAGAUUCAUGCGAUUAUUGAGUACUAA